AGAGAAGUAGUGGGUGUUUCUGUGUCGUGAUUAGGCAUCCCAUGAUUCUUUAUCGAGCUUCUGUAUGACUGAUAAUACUCCCCCCAUUGCUAAAUACAGCUUCUGUAUGACUGAUAAUACUCCCCCCAUUGCUAAAUACUCUACGGACUACAUAUGGAACAAAAUGAGUGAAUCUACGUUCACAUUCGUAUAUAGUUCAUAGUGGAAUCUAUAAAAAAAGACAUAUAUUUAGGAAUGGAGGGAGUAGUAGCUAAUCUUUCUUCAGUAAAUAUAUUUUCUAUAUAUAGAAUAAUAGUUAUGCCAUGUUCGUAACAAUCAAAAUGCCUUGCUGUUUUCAUGGUUUGAUGGUUUAUUAUGGUGGGAAUUCUGCUCAAUCUUUGACAGAGUAAUAAAUGAUGAAUGAUUAAUUCGGUUGAUCUAGAUUGGCAUAAGCAAUUCACUAGUGUACGUAUUAACUUGUAAGGCAGAACUUUAUCUAUGCAUGUUAAACAUGAUGGUGCUUCGGGCAAAAUUACAUGUUUAGACUAAUUUUCGUGACCUGUCUAUUGCUCUGAACCUUGGUUUGUUGAAUUUGCCGAGCCUGUUGCAAAAUCAGAAGUUAGACUCUCGAGUGCUGUCCUGGUUUUGAAAAAGAGAAAACCUAGAGGCUAGAGUUUGUGCGAUGUAACUUGUGAUAAGUUUUGGUGUCAUAAAUCUGUAGAGAUGCCUCUUCUUCCAGCAACAAAAAAGGGCAAGAUAAUUUACAAGAACAAGAACAGGAGAUGUCUAGUAUUACAAUUAUUUUUGACAAAAUGCGCCCUAAUUUGGUUUGUUGGCACUGCUUAUUUUUCUUGUGGCAUCCAUUGCUCAGACAACCUCAACUCUUUUGCUUGUCAAAAUGUGAGUAUUUUCUAGUGGUUCUAUGCAAUUCCGAGCUAAGUUUUGAAGUGACUAGCAUGGAAGAUAAUGAUUGAUGUUGUUUAUUUAUCAUAAUGGAAGUUGGGCUUCACUGAACAAAGCUGUGUUGUCAACAGUGUUCACUGUACUUGAAAAAAAAAAACAGUCUUCACUGUAAUAUCCACUUGCUGCUUAUCUGAUCAAAAGUUUAAGUGGCACAGAGCAAAGCAAGGCUACUCUUUUUGGAAUGUCGGCAAUGGAUUGCCGAAUUAAUUAAUCAGGGGAAUUAAUUAAUCAGGGGAGAAAGUAAGACAUACACAGCUAUUCCAAAGGUGGCAGCAAGCGCACACCCAAAUAAAAAGAAGAAGAAAAACAAGGGAAGAAAAAUAGAAAAAGGUGUGGAGACACCUCCAUCUCAGCCCGGGUCAAAAGGGAUUCCUGCACCUGCCAUAUUCCAGUGAUGAAUUUCAUCAACUACCUUCUUUAGGAAAACAUUAAUCUGCCGACUAUCGAGGCUAAAGAUGCGACGGUUCCUCUCCAGCCAUAUUUCCCAGAAAACCAAAUGCAUCAUUGUUAGGACUUUCUUCCUAUUGUCUGCCUGAGCUAGCCUGAAUCUCAUAUUCAUCCAGGUUUUGAGGUCGGAUGCGUCGUUCCAUGUUGCCAAUUCCAGAGAAGGCAGUUUAGACAUUGUGGCAAUGGCAUCCCAAACCGAUCUGGACCAUGGGCAGUCCACCAGAAGAUGAUAGGUGGUUUCCAGAUUCCUCAUACACAAUGGGCAGAAGUAAUUAUUCGGCCACUCCCGCCGUAGCAAGACAUCAGCAGUAAGUAUUUUGCUCAAGAUAGCAGUCCAGACGAAGAACCUACAUUUACCAGUGGACCAGGCGCCCCAGAUGAGAUGUUGGCAAUCAAACUUGAUUGCCCCCUCAAAUUGUAGUAUGUAUGCAGACCUGGCUGAGUAGCUUCCUUUCUGCGAGAAUCGCCAUACAAUACUGUCAUGUUGGUCAGGCUGCAACUGUACAUCAUCCAACCGAGCAGCCAGGUUUGUGAGCUCGUCUGUCAUUUGUUCGGUUAGUCCAUUUCGAAGGUCCAUAAGCCAUGUGUCAUGCGUUAGCGCCUCUUUGACCGAUCUGUUGUGGAAUGGACAAAGUGAAGCAGGGCCCAUCUGAUAGAGAGAUGUCACUAAGAUUCCAAGAACCCAGUCCUCGUCUUCAACACUAACCUGAAUUCAGAGGCAGACUCGCCUAACGCAACCCAUCUUGGGGAGCUACAUCUACUAGCAGCAGCAGCAACCCAACUAGAGCACUGCUGACCGAACGAGAAACACAAAGUAGUCCACAAGAUCAACGGUCUUUCCUCAUAACGGCAGUACAAGUCCAAUCAAAAUAGAUGAGUGAGGGCGCCUGCACGAUGGCUCGCGACCCGUUCCCGAACCAGGCCCCCAGCGCCGGCCACAAACCCCCGGUGCCCUCUCCUGCUGCCGCCCCCACCAUCUUGCCUGCCACUGGGCUUCACCCCGCAGGUUGUCCCUGCAGGAGGGUCGUCGGCGCUAGUACAGGAGGAGUUCAGAUCCAGCUCGCCGCCGACCCAAGGCCGGAUCCCGGAGCAGGCGCUGGUGGAGAUGGUGCCAGAGACAUAGCCCGAACUACAAGACGCCCAGCCGCGGGUCGCAUCCAUCAUCCUCGUCCCGCCGCCUCGCAUUCAUGGCGCUGCGUCCUCCUCCACUCCCGCCUCCAAUGCGACCCGCUGCAACUCUGCAGCGGAGGCUCGACGCGAUGCAGAUGAUGCCGGCGAGGGAUGGCAGUUUGUGUCCUCCUGCUCCGGCCUUCCCUCGACGCCCUCUUCUUCACUGGGUUCACGGAAGAUGUUGUCGCUGCCUCCAUCCGGGUCACCGUGCAGUGGUUUGUCGGAACCCUUUCAGAUGCUCUCGCUGCCUCUAGCCCGGCCAUCGGGCUAGCGGAUGCAUCAACUCCUGGCGUCCUCUCAGCUCCCUGGAGCCUCUACAUCGGUCUGCUGCAACGACUGCUACGCCUUCUGCGGCUCCCCCCGCUCCCCAACCUCCUGCUCGCGGUUGGCCUGCACUUCCGCAGGCCCAGCCGAUUCACUCUGCAGCAUGGCCUCGGCUCGGUGACGCCGCCCGACGGGGGAAAUGUUGAAAUUAAUAGAAUGGAGGCUACGGCCACGUCCAACGACAACGCUGCUACUACGGCCAACUGGCCUAUUGGAGGGUAUAACUCGUUUAUCCUCAUGUUCAUAUUUAUCCUAGCAGUACGCUCAUGA